CACCCGCGCGGGGCGCACGCCGGGGCGGCGGGCACGGGCGAGCGCGGCUCAGCGCGUCAUGCCCGGCGCUCGCGGCCCCGCGCCCAGCCCAAUGGCUGCGCACCCCGCGCCAGCCGCGCUACGCGAGUGAUCCAGAGCUGCGGGGAGUGCUUGCCAUGACUCAGCAGACAGCGACGAGGCAGCGACUUGGCGGCGUGGAGCUUCUCCCCUCCCUCCCCAGGCGCCCCCGCCCCCGUCCCAGUCGGUGCGCAGCCCCCGGGCGCAGCCCCGCCGGGGACGCGGGGAGCUGGGAGGAGCAGCGCUGCCACCGCGGAUGCCCGGGCCCCGCGCAUCGUCUGGUGGCUGCAGCCGGCCUCAGCAUCCCCUAAGCUGGGCGCACGUGGGUCGGGGCGGGGACGCGGCACCCGGCUGCAGCCGCGGCUGCCCACUGGGGGCGGGAAUGGGGCGCCGCGGCGGGGGCUCGACUGAUGACAUCACGGCCGGGCUGCGGCAGCGCGGGCGCGCGGACAUGGCUGCGGCGGCUUCGGCGGCGGCCGUGGGCUGCGCCCCAGCCUGAAAGCCCAGCGCCCACUCCACCCCUGCCACCCGCCAGUUCGUGCGGUCCUCGUGGCAACCGGCCGGGUGCUCUCGGCUCCCGGGGACCCGGGGCUUCCACCUGCCCAGCCUCCCUUGGCGGAAUUUCUGGGGAGCCCGGCGUCAGGGGGCGCCAAGGAGCCAGGGGGAAAAUCGUAAGGCGCUGGCGAGAGCCUCCAAGCGGUGCUACCCCCCACUUCCCACCCUCCGGCGCCCCGCCCCGAGGUAGGGGCUUUGGAGGAUGCAGCCGGUAAUAAUGUGCAGUAAAGUAAGUUACUGGAGAUGAAGGAGUUAAAGCAGCUGGCCUGCUCCCUGGGAAAAGAAAUGAAAAAUGAAAUAAAAGAAGCCAAGUGAUAUUAUCUAAACUCCUUUUAAAAAUGAUAACUGGACUUCUAGAUCAGAGUUUGGCAAAUUAUGACUCAACUGCCAGUCACCUGUUUUUGUACAGUCUGCAAGGAAAAUCAUUAACUUUGGGGCUACAUCCAGAGUAGUAUCGUCUACAUGGGUAUUCCCUCCUCCUACAAUUUCAGAAAACCUUUGAUGACUAAUUGAGAAAAUGCAGAAGAUCUUGCAGACAGAUGAAAUUACUACUAUCCAAGCCCUUAGAAAAGGAAAGAGGAAAAGGACAGAGACAAUGGACUCAGAAAAUCCAAAUAGUGACAUGGAAAAAGGACAGAGAGAUCCAUUUUCGGGAAAUGCCUUUCUGCCUGGGGAGAGUUCCAGCGAGGAUGAAGCGCCCUUAGCGGAAUUGUCAAAAGAGGAAUUGUGUGCCAAGAUAAAAAACCUGAAAGAAAAACUAACAAACACCCGAAAAGAAAACAGCCGGCUUCGACAGUCUUUGGUCAUGCUACAAGUGUUACCACAAGCAGUCACCCAGUUUGAAGAAUUGGUUAGCAUGGCGGAGACCCUGCUUAAGGGUGGAGGGACCAUGUCCACAUCUGCAUCUACUCUCUGGAGAGCAACAAAUAAUUCCUCACCAGAUUCAUUUGCCUCAACAGGCAGUAAUUCCAAUUCUAAUUCCAGUUCACCAAUUUCCUUGAAGGCUGAGGAGGAGCAUCAUUCUGAUGAGAAGCAGUUCAAGAUUGAAAAAUGGCAGAUUGCCCGUUGUAAUAAGAGCAAGCCUCAGAAGUUUAUUAAUGAUUUAAUGCAAGUACUUUACACAAACGAAUACAUGGCCACACACAGCCUGACAGGGGCAAAAUCCUCUACGUCAAGGGACAAAGCCGUAAAACCAGCUAUGAAUCAGAAUGAAGUUCAAGAAAUCAUAGGAGUAACAAAACAGUUGUUUCCCAAUACGGAUGAUGUUUCAAUUAGGAGAAUGAUAGGGCAAAAGCUAAACAACUGUACCAAGAAGCCAAAUUUAAGCAAAAAUCUUAACUCUCAGGAUAUUAAGUAGAUCCUUUUGGUAUGACAGGUAUCUGAAGCUAAGCAUUUUCAGUUUAAAGUCUAACAUUGGACUAGAGAAUUUGUAACCUCCCUGGCAGUGAGCAUAGAGAGACGUGCAGUGACAGGCUAUAAGUCAUCUGUAACAUCCUUGGACUCUCCUGAUGGAGUAAGAAGCUUGCUGAAGAAGCUGCAUGUCGAUUCCACCCUGAAUAUCAGUGAUGCAUCAAACCAGAGAAUUUUCACCAAAUAGUAUGCAUGCAGUAUGGUUUCUUUGGAAAUAUGCAUUUUUCUGUUCCCAAAUACUCUGUACAGCUGAGCAGGAUAGUCAAAGCUCUUAUCAUAGCAACGAAACUUCAACACUUCAGAUCAGUCAUUGUCCCAGCAAUACAUUGUAUAUUUAUGACCAGUGACUUCCCAUUACAGGUUUUGGAUCUUAAGCAUAAGCACAUGUUUGGAAAAGUAAACAGAAGUAAUCAAAGUUCACAAAUAGGAGAAUGGCAAAGUGAGCCUACACUCUAGUAGUCUGUCAAACCAAGUAAUAAUGUUUCAGAAAUAGUAUUAUUUUCUUAUCUGAAAAUGCACAAAAUAGGAAUCUGAGGAAAAUGAGAUCAGAAGUCUUUUUAACAGUAAACUAUUCCACCACACUUGAAAAACAAAUAAGCCCAAUUUUUUAGUAUUAAAACAAUGUAUCAAUUUUCAGUAUAAUCUUUGAGUUUGCUUUUCAGACCUGCUUCUUUUUAUUGUCCAAAAUAAGCUAAGUACAAAUGUCUAAUAUAAAACAUCAAUAUCACCUAAAACAUGCUAUAUAAUACCACAAGUGCUUGGUUAGUUAUGUUGCUACACUGCUUAGUUUUAACUGGUUUAUUUUCAUUGUAGCAAAAAAAAAAAAAAAAAAGAAUUGAAAAAAUCAAUAUGGAUUUGAUAAUCACACAAAAAAGAAAAAUGCCAUUCUGUAAAAAUCAACAAAAGACAACAUUCUUCAAGAGGCUUCUCACUUGAUGUCAGGUUGUCACAGGAGACCACUCUGCAAAUGCAAAGCCAUGCUUCUUCUGGUGCACACAGUCAUGUUUAAACUUGGAAAAGAGGAUGCUGCAUAGUUACAAAGUUCUGUAUCAUGGACCCAGGGAACAUUCCAUAAAUGUUGCUUGAUAACCAUGUGGUUGUACAAAAUAAAUGUACUUAAGAAAAUGACUUACAUAACAUUUGCUAAUUUUAAUUAAACAAAUAAAUCCUAUUGAA